GUAAGGAAACAAAACAACAAAUUGUUUUACCAGUAUUUUACCAUGUAGAUCCAUCGGAUGUACGACAUUUGAGAGGAGGUUUUGGAGAAGCACUAGCUAAACAUCAGGAGAGGUUCAAGGAGGACCCGAAGGUGCAGAGGUGGGAGGAAGCCCUAAAAGAGGUUGCCGGUUUGGCUGGAGAACAUUUGGAAGACAGGAGUCAAUAUGAAUUUAUGGUUAAAAUCAUUCAAUGGGUGGACUCAAAAGUUAAAUCUACAUACCAGUUAGACAAUGUUGAGUAUCCAAUUGGACUAGAUUCUCAUCUAAAUGACUUGAAUACUAAGUUAGAAAUCGGAAGAAAUGACAUUACUCUCAUGAUAGGGAUUUAUGGAACUGGUGGAAUUGGUAAAACAACUCUCGCCAAAGCAGUCUUUAACUCAAUUGGACAUCAAUUUGAAGCUAGAUGUUUUCUAGGAAAAGUUAGAGAGAUUUCGAGUCUAGUGGACGGUCUGGCCAAACUGCAAGAGAAACUUCUUUUUGAUCUCUUAGUAAACUUUGGAAGUUUUAAUAUUGGCAGUGUUGGAGGCACUGAUGUUAUAAAGCGUAGGCUCUGCUCUAAAAGGGUACUUAUAAUUCUUGAUGAUGUGAGUGACUUGUGCCAAUUAAAACAACUAGCUGGAAAUCAUAAUUGGUUUGGUCCAGGAAGUAGAAUAGUAAUAACAACAAGAGAUCAAUGUCUAUUAACUUCUCAUAAAGUUGAUUCAACCUACAAAGUGCAAGAAUUGGACGACAACCAAGCUCGUCAGCUAUUUAGUUGGCAUGCAUUUGAAAGAGACACUCCAGUUGAAAGUUAUGUAGAACUCACAAAAGAUAUAAUAGGUUAUGCUAAGGGCCUUCCACUAGCUCUUAGAGUGCUUGGUUCAUAUUUGCAUGGUAGAAGUAUACAAGAUUGGAAAAGUGCAUUGAAAAAGUAUAAAGAAGUCCUCCCAAGGAUAUUUAUGAAAUUCUUAAAAUAA